AACAAACCACAACUGUCACGUCAUUUCAAUCAGGACAAACAUGCGAAAUUGAUAAUCGUCAAGCCAUCAGAACCGAGUAAAAUAAAAUCAAACAAAAUAAAAGUGUAAAUAAGGUAUAAAAACUACAAAAUGUCCCUACUUGAGUCGCCUAUACCGUUGUCGGAUAUUGAAGACGUGCUGGCAUGGGUGGACACCUUCAAGCUGUCUCGUCCAACUAAGAAGAUUAACAGGGAUUUUUCUGAUGCUGUACUUUUAGCAGAGAUCCUCAGCGUGCACUACCCAAAGCUGGUGGAAAUGCACAACUACCCGCCACGGAACAGCCAUUCCCUGAAGCUGAACAACUGGAUGACGCUCAACAGGAAGGUGCUGAAGAAGCUCAAGCUGAACCUGUGCUGCAACACCAUGGAACAGCUCGCUAACUGCACCCCUGGGCUCAUUGAACGGGUGCUUCUUAUGGUUAAAGACAAAAUCCGGCGAGAUGAAGAGAUGAACAAAACUUUAAAAGAAGUAGAACAAAACAUGUCCAGUGGUGGCAGUUACUACGAGGCAUGUGGAGAUGAUGAACACGUGCUAGUGGUACCUGUGAAGACGAGGGUGAAUGGAGUAUUGGAAACUAUACAAAAGAAAGUGAUUAGCCAUGAACAUUAUCUCGGUCUCAAAGAAGAAUUGAAGGAUGCUAAGGAUUCAGCUGAAAUACUUAAACAAAAGGUUGAACAUUUAGACAGUCUCAUCAAACUAAAAGAAGAAAGGAUAGAAGAACUACAAAAACAAUUGGACAGAAAGCAAACAAGACGUAAGGAAGUUGAAAGCAAUCAGAACAGCAUCUCUGUACCAUUCGAACCACCUACUCCUGAACCCAUCAGUCUAGUAAACGUAGAAAGUAGACCAUUAUCUCUUAAAUCUGUUGAUGGUAACACACGAAUAGGCAAAGAAGAAUCUAAAAUUCCAGUGCCAAUAGCUGCUGAUGUAAUCAAACAAAUAUCAAAACCGAGUAUUCCAGAAGUUGAAUCCAUAGAUUAUAAAGAAGAUACAUUGGAUAAUGUUGAAAGAAUAAAAUCAGAUGUUUUUAAAGAAGUGGAAAUAAUCGACCAAAGAAUUUUAGAGGGGUUUCAUGAUAGCCUCGAAUAUAUCAACGAACCUGAUACAAUUACAGCGAUGGAUACUAAACAAAAUAAUAUAAAGGACAUAGAGUACUCAUACGAAAUUAGUUAUCUAAAUUAGUAAUAACAAAAUCAAGUCUUUUGAACACUUAGGAUAUCUGACCAUUGAAGUGGAGUGGAGCGGAUAUGUGUUUAAAUGACUAAUCAUAUUAUUAAAAGGCGACGUGAUAAAAGUAUCACGUGAUCUGUCAAUAAUCAGAUUGGUUUGCUGAACGUGUCACCGAUUCACUCCGGUUCAAUUGACGGGCACCUUAGCUGGAAAGACAGAUGGAAAGAUUUUUUUUAAAGUUUGGGGAAAAUACUCAUAAAAAAGUAUACUUAUUGAAUAAGUUUGUUAUUGGCUGAAUAUGUAAAUUUAGACCUAGCAUGAUGAUAGCCGAUUCUGAAUCGUUCUUAAAAACUUCCUAAAUAAGUGCCUGCCUGCUUUUUAUCGACUGUGUAUGAGUGGAAGUCUGUGGAACCCAGAUGAGUUCAGGACAAAUAAAUUAAUGAUAGAUGGCGUGAAUGAAUUAUAUCAUCAAUAUUGAAUGGUCUGCUAAACACAUCUACCCAUCUCUACUUUAGUGGAUACUGACUACUGAUACUGAGCCUCAGGUUUCAAAUUUCAAAAGAAUCGUCUUCCAAAACUUUUACCUUUUGACAAGUCAAUUCUCAAAACUUUCUUUUAUAUUGAAUAGAAUACUUGAAAGUACCGAAAACAACCAUUGAUUUGGUUUAAGGGCCGGCGCACAUAUGGCGGAGCGCAGCGCAGAGCAUGCCCGCGAAG